CGCCGCUGUUGCUGCUGCAGCCCUGUGCUCGGCCUGGAGCAGAGCGGACCGCACCGGCUCCAGCGGAGCGCCGAGGUACCACGAGGCCAGACACCUGACUGUGUUGCUGUGAGGAACAGCGUUCCCCGUGGUGGUCUCUGAGCUAUGGAGCCACCCCUGCAGACAGAGAUGGUGGAGCUGGUGCCUAAUGGCAAACACUUAGAGGGACUUCUUCCAGUAGGCAUAUCCACAACAGACAACCAGAGGGUUGAAGACCCCCAACACUGUAUGGAAGGCAAGGGCUUCCUACAGAAAAGCCCCAGCAAGGAGCCACACUUCACAGAUUUCGAGGGGAAGACAUCAUUUGGGAUGUCAGUAUUCAACCUUAGCAAUGCCAUCAUGGGCAGUGGCAUCCUGGGACUCGCCUACGCCAUGGCCAAUACCGGCAUCAUCCUUUUCCUGUUCCUGCUGACAGCUGUUGCCCUGCUGUCUAGUUACUCCAUCCACCUGCUCCUCAAAUCCUCAGGAAUUGUGGGUAUCCGUGCCUAUGAGCAACUGGGCUAUCGUGCCUUCGGGACCCCAGGGAAGCUGGCAGCAGCUCUGGCCAUCACACUACAGAACAUUGGAGCUAUGUCCAGCUACCUGUACAUCAUCAAGUCUGAGUUGCCUCUUGUCAUACAGACCUUCUUGAAUCUGGAGAAGCCAACCCCAGUCUGGUACAUGAAUGGCAACUACCUGGUGAUCCUGGUAUCUGUCAGCAUCAUUCUACCUCUGGCGCUAAUGCGGCAGCUUGGCUAUUUGGGCUACUCCAGUGGCUUCUCUCUCAGCUGCAUGGUGUUCUUCUUGAUUGCAGUGAUCUACAAGAAAUUCCAAGUUUCCUGCCCACUGCCACACAGUUUGGUCAAUGCCACAGGCAACUUCAGCCACAUGCUGGUGGUGGAGGAGAAGGCACAGCUGCAAGGAGAACCCGAGACUGCUGCCCUCUGCACCCCGAGCUACUUCACACUCAACUCACAGACAGCAUACACCAUCCCCAUCAUGGCCUUCGCCUUCGUCUGUCACCCUGAAGUGCUGCCCAUCUAUACAGAGCUCAAGGACCCCUCCAAGAGGAAGAUGCAGCACAUCUCCAACCUGUCCAUUGCUGUCAUGUAUGUCAUGUACUUCUUGGCUGCCCUCUUCGGCUACCUCACCUUCUAUGACGGGGUGGAGUCAGAGCUGCUGCACACCUACAGCAAGGUGGACCCAUUUGAUGUGCUGAUCUUGUGUGUGCGCGUGGCCGUGCUGAUAGCAGUCACACUCACAGUGCCAAUUGUUCUGUUUCCGGUACGACGUGCCAUCCAACAGAUGCUGUUUCAGAACCAGGAGUUCAGCUGGCUACGGCAUGUGCUCAUUGCUACUGGCCUGCUCACUUGUAUCAACCUACUGGUUAUCUUUGCCCCCAACAUCUUGGGCAUCUUUGGCAUCAUCGGUGCCACAUCUGCUCCAUGCCUCAUCUUCAUCUUCCCUGCCAUCUUCUACUUCCGAAUCAUGCCCACUGAGAAGGAGCCUACAAGAUCUACCCCUAAAAUCCUGGCCCUUUGUUUUGCUGCCCUUGGCUUCUUGCUGAUGAUCAUGAGUUUGAGUUUCAUCAUCAUUGACUGGGUCUCUGGGACCAGCCAGCAUGGAGGAAACCAUUAGGAUGAUCCCUGUUCUAUUCUGUCUACUCAUCCUAGUACCCCUGCCCUGGCUCUCCAGCCCCUGCUCCCAGUCAGGGGCCUAUUAGGGGGAGAAAGAUAGGGAAGAAAGACACUGUAAACACUAUGGCAUUUGCUCCACCCAUAUCCUCUCCGUUGGAAGGUUUUUGUUAAUGAGCCAGGACCAAGGCCCUUGGACCACCCCCUGCUGGGCUCCAGAGCUGCAGGGGCUUCCUGAGCUAGGAACAGGGUGGGGUUGUUGCUUCAGAUCCCACCGAUACCCUCCAUCCCCCUCACACAGCUGUGUAUACUGAGGCCCAGCAGCCAUCUCCUGAGGUCACACAGGCUGUAAGGGGGCACACAGAGCUGGAACCCAGACCUGAAGGCAUCCCCAGUCCUGCUGGGAGGCCACAGUCUAUGCCCAGAGGGCUCAUCUCCCCCAGCUCAAUGAUUCCCUGCUCCCCCUUUACCCCAUUGGCUCUUUUCAGACACGUGGGCCCAAAUCCUUGGAUACACUUUUGUUCUCUUCCAUCUCCUUCACAGGAGGAGACCCUAUCCUACCCCACAUCUGGGUCUAGCAGGUUCUGCUAAGGAUGGGGCUGGUGUGCACCCCAUGGACUCCUGCUGUGGCCCUUCACCAGUCCUGGGGAGGCUGGGACUCCCCCACCCCAAGCCUGGGCCAUAACUUACAUCCAUUCCACUACUGGGAGAAGAGCAGCUGGGCCCAGGGUGUCCUGCCCCUGGGAGCCAAAGACCCCAGGGGCCAGACUGGGACAGGGGUGGGGAGGCUGGCAGCCCCCUUUUAUAAAUAUUAUACAUAAGACCAGUUGUUAUUUUA